UCGAACCAUCAUUGUCCUCCUCCCCUCGCCAAUGUCGAGAAACCAGACGAAUUGCUCGGCCUCCCUGUUUCUCAAUUUGUGAUCGAAAUGAGCAAGAAGUAAUGCAUUGGAUUCGUCUGCGUGGCUGAAGCCGCCUUGUUCACCCUUCAUCCAUCCUACCCUCCAUUCUCUAUCACUUCUCUUCAGCUGAUUUGUUGCAUCCUUGCAGGUAUUCGUCGCCAUUUUUGGAUUUUCAACUUAACCCAUCAUCUUCUCGAUGCGAUUUACUUCUGGACCUUUGCAUCGUCGGGUUGUCAGGUCUUUACUGGUUCAGUCAGGAUCUCUUAUUUGGUACGAAGCAUGGCAGCCAUACUUGACGAAGCUGACGCCAAGGAGCUGCUCUUCUUCGAACUAUGCUGCUUCAGAUGGAUGGUUGAUGAUCGGGGGGGCGACGAAGAAUUUUUCUGGUGGGGUGUCGAAGAUCACUAGCUACAACCUGAUCUGCGGGUUUCACAGAGAUGUCCAGGCUUCUCUACAAGCAAGCCAGUGGGUUGACACAAAGCAGAAACAUUCUUUAACACAUGAAGAGCUCAGUGAACAAAAUGCUCAUGUAUCUACAGUUGCAAAUGAUGAUAAGCUGGAAAGCAAGAUGAAGAAAAAGAAACCAAAGGGAAAAAGGGCAAUGAUAAAGUGGCUAAAGUUCUUCCGUUGGAAAAAGAAAAAAGAGUAUGAGAGAAUGACACAAGAAGAGAAGAUUUUGUACAAAUUGAAGAAGGCACAAAGAAAAGAAGAACGGCUGGUGAAUGCCUUGGAAAAAAUAAAGCCACCAUCGCCACCUACAGAGAGUACACAUGAUCCUGAGAUACUAACUCCAGAGGAGCACUUUUACUUCCUCAAGAUGGGCGUCAAAUGUAAAAAUUACGUUCCAGUUGGCCGUCGUGGUAUUUUCCAAGGAGUGAUUCUGAAUAUGCAUUUGCACUGGAAAAAACAUGAGACUUUAAAGGUUAUUGUAAAGACAUUUACGCCUGAAGAAGUGAAGGAAAUUGCAGCAGAAUUAGCACAACUAAGUGGUGGCAUUGUGCUUGACAUACAAGAAGGAAACACUAUCAUUAUGUAUCGUGGGAAAAACUACUCUCAACCUCCACCUGAGAUCAUGUCUCCUAGAGUCUCUCUCUCUAGAAAGAAGGCACUAGACAAGUCCAAGUAUAGGGAUGCCCUUCGUGCUGCCCGAAUCUUUAUCCCAAGAUUGGAACGUCAACUUGAAGCUCUGCAAGCAUCAGCAUGCAAUAGUAAGAAUGAGAAAGACGAGAACAAGAGCAACAAUGUAGAAACUUGCAGUUAUGUUGAUGAGUUCCACGAUGAUGCAGUUAAAUUCUCUGAGCCUGAACUUUCCAGUAACAUCUAUGAUCCAUCUAGACGAGGACCGGUUACAGAGUUUAAUGGCGAAAUUUCAGAACCUGAAUCACUAUCUGAUAUUUUUGAGACAGAUAGCGAUGUUGAGACAGUUAGCAAAGGUGGGAACACAUUGUAUUUGGAUGCAAUUGAUGCAAUGCCAGUGGAAGUUAAUGACAAUUCAUCUGAGGAUUUUGGAGAGUAUCUUCGGCAGUUUUCCUAUAACUCAAAGGUUGGUAAGGGAUCCGAUGAAGUUGAGAAACUUGAAUUUGAUGACAUAGACCGGUUAUUUAUGCGCUCAGCAUCCCUCCUAAAGAAAAAAAGAAAAUGAGACGUGAGAUUGGAAUUGAGAUAAGCUGAGGUUUUGUUCUCAGUUGUUUAAACCUGCCGGCAUGUAAGGUCUAUCUUGAUUAUGCCAUAUGCAAGAACCUUCUAAUGGCAUUAAUGCCUUGAUCACCAUGUAAUUAUUGUAACAAUUCGUAAAUGCAUAAAAAAAUUAGAAAGUUCCUCA